AGGGAAAUUUUUAUUGUCCAGUGGUACCUUUUAGUUUUUGAAAAUGAUUGAAUGCAGCAGUGACUGCGUUGAAGUGAAGGGUGUUUUAAAUAAACACGACAAUGCCUUGGAACAAUUGAAAAAAUUGGUCGAAAACUUGGAUGUAAUACCCAAUGAAAACUAUUUAAAACGAUUUUUGUACGGCGCUGAUUUCAAUGUAGAUGAAGCGUUUAAAAAGAUAAAAUCAUCCAAAGAACACAUGUUAGAUCAACAUGACUGGUACAGAAAGGACGGCCCAUUGAAAUUAAAAGAAUUUAUCGAAAAGGACAUUCGAGCAGUAUUACCCGAUUGUGAUAAAGACGGGCGGCCUAUAUAUUUAGUAAAAAAUGGUAAUAUUGAUGUAAGUACGAUGAGCCUUUUCGAUGUGGUAGCCGUGGACGAUGUUUGGAUCGAAUCCAUUCUAAUGGAACGUCCUGAGGCGGCGGCGAAAGGACUUUGCGUUAUAAUCGACAUCAAGGAUCAAAGCUGGAAGCUCAGCAAAUGGAUGCAACCGAACUUGAUAAAACAGAGCAUUAGGAAAACUGAUAAUCUACCGUUUAAGGAUUUCAAAGUGCACGUGGUGAACAAUUCCUGGUGGAUAAGCAUCGGCAUCAAAAUGAUGUGGCCUUUUUUACCGCAAAAAUUUAAAGAUAUGAUGCAUUUUCAUUUCAACAACUUGGAAUCGUUCUACGAGUACAUAGACAAGGAAGUGUUGCCUAUCGAGUAUGGUGGUUUGAAGGAAGUCAAAUACGCUCAGCUCUACGAGAAACUCUAUGAAAGGAAUGACCAAAUUUUUGAAAGUUUUAGCCAAUAUAGAAAUUAUAAAAAUUAACAUUUUCCUGAUAUAGCGCAAUUUUAGUCUAAGAUUUAUUGUAUAAAUUGGUAUAAG